UUCCUCCUAGCGCCGCGCGACUUCCGGGGUAGCAUCCUGAGGGAGAGAGGAGGCUUCUCGCGGAGCCUCGGAGGUGGAUGGUGGCUGUUUCCUUCGAGUGUCUACGAAGCGGCUCCCGUCUCCUCAGGGAGCGGCCUGCGACGGGCGCCGGGUACAUGUCCCGGGGCGCCGAGGCCACCCCGAGCAGACCUCCGGCCGCCAGGAAGAGCUGGCAUUUCAGUAAGACUAUGGAGGAACUAGUUCAUGAUCUGGUCUCAGCAUUAGAAGAAAGUUCAGAACAAGCAAGAGGAGGAUUUGCAGAUACUGGAGACCAUUCUCGUAGUGUCUCUUGCCUUCUAAAACGCCAAGCCCGAAAGAGAAGGGGAAGGAAACGACGUUCAUUUAACACCCAUCACCCCUGGGAGACUGGCCAUUGCUUAAGUGAAGGUUCUGAUUCCAGUCUUGAGGAAUCAAACAAGGAUUAUAGAGAGAACCAUGCUAAUAAUAAAAAAGACCACAGUGACUCGGAUGACCAGUUGUUGCUUGCAAAACGCAGACCUACUUUGAAUUUAAAUAAUCUCAGAGGCAAAAGGCUUCUAUGGCAUGAGCCUGACCUAGCCGUCGACAAUUUGGGAAAUAGGACUCUGCGUAGACGACGAAAAGUGAAACGAAUGGCAAUUGAUCUACCUUCAGAUAUUGCAAACACACUGACGUUACCUCAACAGCAGGAUAACAUUAAGGAUCAAGAAAUGGACAAUGACAGCAGAUCUUCCCAACACCAAGAACUAGCAAAGAGCAAAGUUAAAAAAAGGAAACUAGCCACAAGUCGACAGGCACCAGAAAUUUUGGAUGAAGGAGUGGUCAUAGAGAAUGAUGAAAGUAACCAGGCAAGCAAGGAUAAAAUGGAGUAUGAAGAGCAAAAGGGCUCAGAUGAAAACAUGAGUGACAGUGAAUCCAGCAGCCUGAGCAGUAGUGAUGCUGGUUUGUUUACCAAUGAUGAGGGAAGACAAGGUGAUGAUGAGCAGAGUGACUGGUUUCAUGAAAGUGAACCUGGAGGUGCCUGUGGAAUCACUGGGAUCAUUCCUUGGUGGGAAAAGGAAGACUCAACAGAACUAGAGAAAGAGUUGCCUGACCCAAUCUUUCAAAGUAUCUUAACUGGCAGUUUCCCUCUUAUGUCUACUUCAGGCAAGAGAGAUUUUCAGACAAGAUUUAGUCACCUUCAUGGAAUACCAGCAAGAAACAUCAAAAAAGCUACAGGAACCCCCACCACAAUGAUUACUACCCCAGGCUCAUGUGGUAACAAGAAAACUGUACAUUUGUCCCAGGAGUCUCAUCACCAUGACCAUUGGUUUAACCCUGGGGCUAGGAAGGAACAUAGCCAGCUUCAGCUCCUGCGGGACAACCGGUCAGAGAGGGGACACAAGAAAAACAGUUCAGUGAAAACAGCAAGCAGGCAGACAAGUGUCCAUUUAGGAUCAUUAUUUAUGGGUGAUAUCAAACGAAGAAGAAAAGCUGCACCACUGCCAGGUCCCACUGGGUUUGUGGGUGAAAAUGCUCAACCCAUCUCCGAUAGCAACAUUGGCAGUCGGAUGCUCCAGAGUAUGGGCUGGACACCUGGCACAGGGCUUGGACCAGACGGCAAAGGAAUUGCUGAACCAAUCCGAGCAAUCCAGCGGCCGAAGGGACUGGGGCUUGGAUUCAGCUGACCCAAAGGGCACUCAAGCGAAUGUUCAGAUAUCAUGACAACCGCCUUUACUUGGAAAUAACGGAAAAUAUUUUAUUCAGAUGUUUGCAAAAUACCCAGUAACUUAUGAGUACAGAAGCUUCAGUGUUCUGUUAAAAGCAGCAAGAGGCCAUCUUUUAGGAAGGCUCCAUCUUUGAAUCCUAACUCUGUAAUGGUGCUAAUGUUUUAAAUUGUACUUUUUAACAUUUUUUGUGGUCUUAACUAUUUCUAUUGUCAAAUAUUCCAUGAACUGAUUUGAUUUACAAUCUCCCCCCCCCCCCAAUUAAAGGGCUGCCAUCACCACACAUGCACAUGGGGUAUCCUUUUCUAGUAUCUUCAUAAGAAGGCCAUUAGCAUAGGAGAUGGGCAACAGCAGCCACCUAGAGCAGAGGUGAGAAUCAUGGUGCUCAUGGCCAGAUGGGGGGGAGGGCAGUUUAGACCUUAGAUCACCCCUCAACCCCUUCAACUAUAUUAAGAAAAAUAUUGACCAAAAAGCUGAUUCCUUGGUAAGAGAAUAUACCUAGGGAUCAUUUUUGGCUUCCUCUAAAAUAACGUAGUAUUUCAGUGCCUGGAAGUCACCAGUUACUGGCAGGAGUUCCAGGUGAAUCAGGAGCCAAAGAAAUAUUCCUUAUCCCCUGGAGUGUGUACACCUCUGAGCUAGAACAGCGACAGUUUCUAGAAAGCAGCCUGCUGUAAAUAUCCCACUUGUUUCAGAGGGAUACCAUAUAGCAUGGGUAUAGAAUUGCUUCAACAAGGGGACACUCUAUGUUGAAAAUGGGAGUGACACUUUUGUAAAAGGUAGAAGUUUCGUCUAGCAGCCAAAGUCUUGUCAUCCAAACCUACAGAGCCUUAAUAAGAGAGCCCUCUGGUGUUUGCCCCCUUUCAGGCCAAAGUUUCAUUUGGUAUUUCUUCUGGUAUACAAUAUUUGUUAAUAACCAUACAUCCCUUGCUUGCCAGCAUAUAUUUUUGCAUGAACAAAGCAUGGCAAAUGAUAAGUUGUUCUUACAAUCUGCAGUAUGCAGUUCCAUCCCCUUCUCUCAUCCAAGCCCAUACACUCCCAAGUAUACAAAGUUUUAAGGGGGCAGUAUUUUUUAUUUAAAGCCAACAUUUUGAAAUAGCUGUACUGACAUCUUUUACUCAAUCACUGUGAAUGUAUAUAUUAAGUGGAUUUAAAAUGAAAGUGUGUCUAGCACCUCUUGGCUAUAGUUAUAAUCAGGAAGAUGUUUCUUGAUUAAGAAAUGGUGGCUGCCAUGGGAUAUUUCCUAGGCACGUUGGCCAGAAUUCACUAAGAUAGUUAUGAAUGCAUAGCCUCCUUAAUUACGUAGUUAGAUAGUUUCUCCCAGCAGAAUCCUCCCUAAUUUCCACGUAGUCAGCAGCAGUUACUGUGAUUGACAGAGUCUGUUCCCUUGGCAAUUGAGAAGCAUCUGACUGAUGGUCCCAUCCCCUCAUGUGAGCAGUCAUCUUUGCAAAACAGCCAGAAGUAGGGUCCUUGUCAUGGCUUCAUACUCUCAUUGGAAAUCCCUUCUGUGAAAGGUGAGUGGAAAUCUCAGUCAGCCACUUCUUGAUCAACAGGGGAACAGCUCACUGUUGAUCACAGUGACUGCUUUCCCAUAAGUGGGAAUUUCACAGUCCCUACAUAACUUCUAUGUUGGGGGGUACAUGGACCAUGACUAUGAACCAGUCACAAAGAAAUACCUCUUGGUUAUAGCUAUAUAUUUUAACUGCCAUGGUUAAUUCUGAACAUACUCUUAAAAAACAAAAAGUUGAAAUUAUAAAACAGGUAGUGCUUUCACAAUAUGAACAGCCAUAAUUUCAUGCUUAAUAUAUUGUCUUUCUGUUGGAAUUUCUGAUUUAUUAAAGAGGCCUUCUAACCAUG